UCCUAUAGAUAAAUAUGUAUCCAGCAAUUGUCUAGACAAAUCGAAUGAUAUAUAUUUGUUAAAAGUGCCUGGCUUGGAGCCUUUUCCAGUGCUCUGUGAUUCGACUCUGGCUGGCUCCGGUUGGACUGUGGUGCAACGUCGUCAAGAUGGCACUGAAAACUUUAAUCGUAACUGGCAAGAUUAUCGCGCUGGGUUUGGAGAUUUGCGUGGCGAAUUCUUUAUGGGCUUGGAGACAUUGCAUCGGAUGACCAAAGCGCAGUCACACGAAUUGUUUAUACAUCUCGAGGAUUUUCAUAAUGAAACGCGAUAUGCACAGUACAAUUACUUUGUCAUAGGCAACGAGCAUGAAUCGUAUAAGAUAGAGAGUCUUGGCGAAUAUUCGGGAAAUGCGGAUGAUGCAUUGUUGCAGCACAAAAAUUGUAAAUUCUCCACGCCCGAUCGACCCGUUGCCGGGAAAUCGAAUUGUGCUGAACUUUAUCAAUCUGGCUGGUGGUUCAAUAGUGGUUGUUAUCUCUGUAAUCUCAAUGGCCAAUAUAUUACACAGAAUAUUGAGAAUUUAAAUGCCAUCGAGUGGAGAACUUGGCAUUUUAGACCUCUUAAGUUUGUUCAAAUGAUGAUCAGACCGAAUAAAUAAUUGAUAUGUGAUUUACAAUA